UCAAGAAAAACAUAUCUAAUAAACAGAUAUAAAACAUUGUUGCAAGAUACUCCAAUUGUCUUGUUUGCUCAUCAUAACAAUUUGGUUAAGACCGAUGAAAAUACAUUUAGAAAUCAAAUUAGAGAAGUUGGUGGUGAAUUCACAGUUAUAAGAAACAAUUUACUACUGGCCUAUUUGAAAGCGGAAAAUGAAAAAUAUCCUUCAAGUGCUGAAGCUUAUAAAAAAACUAGAUUUUUAGAUCAUCCAUUAAAACCGUUUUUAGUUGGUCCAACUGCUAUGAUUACAGUUCAAGAAAACAAUCCUCAAGUUGUUUCAAAGAUUCUUAAAACAUUGAAAACUGCUAAUGAAAAAUUAUUCGUUGUUGGUGCUCGUAUUGAGAACCGUGUUUUUGAUUUACCUCAAGUUAACAAUUUCAAGGACUUACCUUCAAAAGAACAAUUACAUUCAGAACUUGCUGGUAUGUUGACAGUUUUGAGUGGUGCUGGAUUAGUUCAAACUUUACAAUCUGCAUCACAACACCUAUACUUGACUUUGGAAAGUCACCGUAAAAACAAUGAUCCUUCUGAGAAGAAAGAGGAU